AAUUUCUGCCAGCCGUUAGCAAUGUUGGAAGAAGCUGUUGGCAUUGAGUCAGACGAUGAGCUGCUUGCCUAUCAAGCUCAGCCGAGAAGCGUUGAAGUUCGUAGAUGUCCACAAUUCUCAAACCACAUUCCAAGUACUUUUUCAUUAAACGGCCAUCCAUCAGGGGCCACAAGUAACGAUAGAGAAACACAAAUCUCGUCCUGUGCGUGCCGCUUACGUGGCCAAAGGCACAAUCUACCAGCGAGCGGAUCGGAUCGGCGAAGUCAUUCUAGACCUCGACAAAGAAAGCGGCACAAAGUCUCCCUUUCGUGUGGUUCACUGGAAAAUAUUAGCAACACUCGAAGCAGUUUCAGCUUUUUGACUUCUCUAAAAUGGAUGAGACAAAAGGAUAGACGCACAGCAAAAAAAUCUCUCAUACAAAAACUACUCAAUGACGCAUCAGAUCAUGUGGUCGAGAUAAGUGACUAUGAAAGAAGAGAGUCUACGACACUAGCUCGACCAGCAGCGUAACUUUAUUUGAUUGAAAGCAAUAGCUUUUGCCCACCUUUAUUUUAAGUAAAAUGACAACUCUUUUUCAUUUCAAUGAACGCGUUGUCCGCAUCCUCUUGGCUGAUUAAUAAAUUUUGUAAUAUGUCCUGACAGGUGUCCACGUCGGCACAGUAGUGCCUGUUAUUUUGUUCAUGAUGGACCUUCAUUGGACGGUUUUUUGUCUUUGUCUUCGGAGAUGUGUAUCGCGUGCCUUGCACAAUAAUCAACAUUCGAGUGAGUCCCACGACAUGAGAUAUCAUCACACUCGGUGUUUCAAGCGACCAAUCUCAACACAUGCUGUAUUACAAAACGAGCCGGGACAAGGCAUCGCGAUGUAUACGCGCUUUCAAAUGCAUAGAUCAGCGACAUUCAAAUAAAAACUUUUUUUUAAAUGGUG